CUUGCUUUUUAAAAACACUUCAUUUUAUGAGCUUUUAUUUUCUUUCAAUCAAUAAAUAUUCACUAAGUUCCACUAUAUGUCAGAAUUGUAUACUUCCCUCUCCCCAAUUCAUUGAACAAUUAAAAAAAACCCUCACAGUAAAAUGUAGAGUCCAGAAAAACAGAUUCUCAACAUUGGCCAUUUCUCAUUCUAGUUUUUAAGUUUAUCAUUUCUCUGGCAGAACUUUCUUUGUUGGCAAACUUUCUUUGCCAACAAUUUGGUUUCUCCAUGAUGGUUAACAAUAACCAUCCCUGUCAGCCUCCUCUAGUGCCCACUAAGCUCAUCAGUGUAAGUGGGAACCUCUCUCUCCCUCUGAAAAUACUCUCUAUAUGCCACCAAAAAGGCUUUUGCCACAUAGUAUGCAUUGCUCUAUUUAGCAAUGUGAUUAUCCAAACAUACCAUCUAUAUUUGUAUCACCCCCAAUUUCCACCAUGAAAAUCUUGAUGCCAUUAUGUUUCAGCUACCAACUUUGCCAAUGACAGCCCAAUCCCUGAUAGCUUAGACCCAAUAUUGAUUGGAACAAAACAAGAUACUUACAUGUCAUUCAACACUUAAUAAGUGGAAGUUUACUUAAUAAUAAUAGCUAAUGUGUCUGUAUAACUUGCUAUGUGCUAGGCACUUGUGCUAAGCACUUUACAAAUGUUAUCGCAUUUGGUCUUCAUAACUUUGCUGUCUUAAGGUACUAUUAUUAUCUUCAUUUUAUAUUUUAUAGAUGAGGAAACUGAGAUAGAUGUUGUGACUUGACCAGGGUCACACACCAUGUCUGACGCUAGAUUUGACUUCAGACCUUCCUCUAUCCUAGUGCUCUAUGCACUUUACUAUCUUCUGAGCCAUGAAAAAGAUCUUCAACAAGAUUUUGGUACUUAGUUGUGAAAUAAGUGGCCUCCCCCAUCAGAUAGAAGGAAACAAUUUGAGGCAGCAGGUAUAGAUAGUGAUUCAAAUCUAAAUCUAAAGGGCUGUAACCCCUCAUGGUUGAGCCUUUUUAUGUCCUUAGAUGACCAAGAUGUCAUUGCCCAUCUUGAAGCCACUAGGAAACUGACAACAGUACAAAAGCAAUGAACCGUAGCCACUUGAGUCAAUCAAGUCUUGGAGAUAGCAGCUUCUUUGCUUUUUUAAGGAAAGAAAUAGCCUAACCGAAGUGGGAGUGGGAUGCAGGGAUGGGAGACCCUUUUGAUUUUGAUCUUAUCAUAGAUGAUCAGGGAAGAAAUUAUGAAGAUAAAUAAGUCUUGACCUGGAUCUUGAAAGAAGUUUAGGAUUUAUAUUCCUGGACAAGACAGGGAGUGGUAUAAUAAAUACCAGGGAGGUAGAUUAGUAUAAGUGUAGGACCAGGAAAAAGCAUGACUUCUUAAGGGGAAAAGUCAGGUAGGAAUAGAAAGCUUCUGAGAGACAAAGUUAGAUGGACAGAGUUAAAGCAGGCUGAGGCUUGGAUUUGUUAAGCAGUGAGGAGCGACUUAAGAGUUUUUCUAGAAGCCAGUUAAUAUAAUGAAAAUGGUGAUUUUGGAAAGAGCCAACUGUCUGCAGGAUAGACUGGAACUUAAAAGACCUUUAGCUUCUAGGCAAAUGCUAAUUAAGGCUGAGAAUGGGAAGGAGGUGGCAGAAAUCCAGGGGAAGGACCUAAUCAAGAAUGCUUUUUAGAAAAAAGGCCAAAAAAUAGUGUUUUACCUAACACAUAAUUUUAUUUAACACAUACUAGAGUAUUUUAAAUAUAAGACUCCCUAAUCAAAAUGUGGUGAAUUCUGGGGUUGGGGAUUUUCUCUUCCAUCUCCUUCUCACCCCCUUCUGGUAUGCAAUAAUCAAGCAGCCCUUGCAUAAAUUAACUGUCAGAGUCAAGAUUUCUAGGUUAAACAAUUUGCACUCCAACUACUGCUAACAUUUUUAUCUUGUCUAGCCAGAAAUGUUAGUGAAAUGCAAAUUUAUAUUUAAAUUAUGGAUGAAAUGACUCCCUUUGAUGGCUGUAUUAUAAGCAAUGGAAACUCUAGAAAUGCUAUUCACCUGGAAUCCUUGUUAUUUCUGGUUUGGUUUCUAGGUGUGACUGUGUCUUUUUUGGAGGUAGGAAGCCAGGGAUCUCAUAGCAUUUCCUAUCAGGCUCAGGUCUCUUCCAGACUUUAGAAAUAUCUGACACACAAACUCCUCAGAAGUUGGACCCUUUAUGUACAGUGAUUAAAAAAAAAAAAGACUUGCUAAUCAUUUGAAAUGUGCUCCUUUAAGAAAAGCUUUCCCUCUAAAAUCAAAUCAUCGUCUAAGUCAGUUCAUUUAUACUGAGAAGACCCUGCUUUGAGUUGUAAGCAUCAAAAGAACAAGAAUAAAAUAGUCUAGGGACUCAACUUCUUCCCAAGGUCCUGAACUUUAUAAAAUCUAUCCAAGAAGCUUAAGGGAUGCUGGGAGUAGUCCCUUCAAGGACACAAACUUAAAAUGCUUGUUGAAUGAAAGUUGUUUCUUCUUCCAUCCACAAAAAAGGAAGAAAACCCCAAAGUUGCAAGUUUAAGACAUAUGUAAAGGUUUUUUCCAUUGUUCAGAUAUGAAAGUAGUUCAUAGACUUAGAGUCGGAGGGGAAUAAGCCAUUUAUUCCAACUCCCUCAUCUUAUUGCUGAUGAAACUGAUACCUGAAGAGAUUAAUUGACUUGCUCUUGCCCAUACCAUUUGAAGUCAGGUCUUCUGAUUCCAAAUUCAGUGUUCAUUCUACUAUACAACUUCAGUAUAGGACAGACUAUGUUGUAAGAGAUUGUAGCUUUGCUGAACUACUUGGAUGACAUUCUUGUCUUUUGUUGCUGGAAUGCAUGUCCUAGAGAAAAAGGCAAAAAAAAAAAGUCUAAUGGUGGGAAAAGGAAAGGAGAUUGUUGAUAGGGCAGUCAACAAUAUCUCUUCCUAAUCCCCAAACAAAACGUAGAGGUGCCAUUACUCUUGUUCUUAUCAUCCUUCUGUAUCACUGGCUAUAGUUGCAUAUACCUAGUCUUUUAGGGUUGGGUGAUUGGACAACACAGAUUCUUGAGAAUAGGGGUAGACAAGGAGGAUAGAUAUUAAACAAAGUAGGAUAAUAGAAGUAGGAGCAGACAUUCAACCAACUCAUUUCUGCCUAGGACAUGGUGAGCACUAGCUAAGAAUUUCAAAUCCACCUUUUAUCUCCACUCAUUGUUUAAGAAAAGAAAAAAGUCAUUACUUGUUCAUACACAGUAGGCAAUUUUGGAAAUCUAUUAGUGUUUUCCACUAGGAAACACUAUCAAAUACUGUAUGAAAUUUGUAACUGCUCCCAUGGUAGCAGGUUAGUUCUCUUUCCCUAUAUUUUGGUCAGAAAAGAAAAAUGUAUUUGCAUCUAGUCGUAAAACUGACAAGUGUGAUCUUGUUUGUCAUGAGUUUAUCAGUACAUCCUCAGAUUUCUCCUAAAAAUAGAGAGGAAAAGAGUUGGUAUUUCUGCCAAGUCUGCUGCAAAUCUCUUAUCACAUUCCUCCACUUGGCCUUUUCUCACCUCCAACCAAAAGAGGAAGUGAAAGAGUGUAAUGUGUUUACCCGUCUGGUUUCUGGGUUAUUGAGGCUACCUCGAGACUUGCCACAUCUGUCUGCCAGGUGGGAGAGCAAUAGGAAAGAAGAUUUAACUUCAGGUAAAGUACAUCUGGAGGACUGAGAAAGAAGCCACACACAAAUGCAAAAAAAAAAAUGGGGUUGGGGAGUGUUGUUUGUUCAUUUUAAUGGAAUGACCCAGAAGAAAGACUUAGUGGAGAAGAGCUACUUCUUAGUUCUUCUUACUUGCCUCAGUUGUGUUUAUAAGGCUAGGAUUGGAGAUAAUAGCCACAGUGGGCUGACUGGAAAAGCUUUCUGCUUCACUCAGUUCUCCUGUCACUAAGCCACCCAAACACAGUUCGAUUUGUAAUAGUCAGAGUAUUUGGUAUCUAUGUAGCUUUAGUUGGAGCUGGACCACACUUGGGUGAGAAGAAUUUGCCAAGCUCUUGAUGAAGGAAGGCAUGUGACAGAAGGGAGACUGAUCUGAGGGGAAGGAAGAAAGUAGAAAGAACUGAAGACUUCAUCAAAAGAGAAAAGAUGUGGGCAAGAGUUUUAUUCAUCCAUUAAAAAGAUAGCAGAAGGGGAAGAAUGAUAGAGGGUAUGUUGGGAAUUGAGCAGAGGUGGGUGUCUUCCUAGUAGAAAUCUUUUAUUGAAACAGAAACAGAGGAAGGACAUGAGAAAAUGGAAGGAGAUUUAGGUAGGCAGCUCUGGCUUCUUAGUCCCCAUAGUGUAUUGGUAGGUGGAGUCAAGGAUGUUUGGACAAGGAAACCCUUUGAAGCUUUUCUCUUGUCCUCCUGAGCUGGACCUGGUCCCCUCCCCUCCAUAAAGCCAUUAGCUUCUGGUGCCAGCCCUAUCUCUGGUCCAUCUCUAGUGGUUCCAUUUGGUGCUUUCCCAGACCUCCUGCCCUGAGGGAUGGGGGAUGAUUUAUUGGGGGGAGACAUCCUUUAGAGGAGGAGAGAUGGGAAAGUAGGGAAUGGGAAGCUGUGAGUUUGCUAGUAUAGUGGCCAGACCAUUGCAGAAACAGUUCUGCAUGACAAAGAGAAGGAGCAAGUUUCCCCUUUGAUGUGCCUCCUGCUGGUCCCACACACCUGCCUGUUGGCUUUCUACUCCCCCCCCCAAGUCCCAAGCCUCUUCUGAGACUGAAGAAGAAUCACAAGAGGGGGUGGGGAAGAGGCUGUGUCCCAGCUUCCCUGUGGCCAACCCAGGGCCAUCUUCCAUCUUCCUGUGACCCUGGGACUCAAAAGCUGCUUCACCUCAGAGACUUCUGACCCAAAGCACCUGCUGCCCUCUCCCGGAAGGCAGAGACCCAGAGCAGCUGGAACAGAAUGAGAGCUCUUUCUCGGAAAUUGCCAGUCCCAAGCAUUUUCCUAAGGCAUUGGAGUGGGGCGACACCUAGGAUGCCUGGGAUGCUGCUGCUAUUUUCCACUGCUCUGCUCUCCAGCUGUGUUCAGCUACUUGCAGAAGCUAACUCUUGGUGGUCUUUGGCCAUGAACCCAGUGCAAAGACCUGAAAUGUUCAUCAUUGGAGCCCAGCCUGUAUGUAGUCAACUGCCUGGGCUUUCCCCUGGCCAGAGGAAGCUAUGUCAACUGUACCAGGAGCAUAUGGCAUACAUUGGGGAAGGAGCAAAGACAGGCAUCAAGGAGUGUCAGUAUCAGUUCCGGCAGAGACGCUGGAACUGCAGCACCGUGGACAACACUUCUGUCUUUGGGAGGGUCAUGCAGAUAGGUAGUCGAGAGACGGCUUUCACCUACGCCGUGAGUGCAGCGGGAGUGGUCAACGCCAUUAGCAGAGCCUGUCGGGAAGGCGAGCUUUCCACGUGUGGCUGUAGCAGGACUACCCGGCCCAAGGAUUUACCCCGGGACUGGCUGUGGGGUGGCUGUGGGGACAAUGUGGAGUAUGGCUACCGCUUUGCCAAGGAGUUUGUGGAUGCUCGAGAGCGAGAGAAAAACUUUGUCAAGGGCUCGGAGGAACAGGGCCGGGUACUGAUGAAUCUUCAAAACAAUGAAGCCGGUCGCAGGGCUGUAUACAAGAUGGCAGACGUGGCCUGUAAAUGCCAUGGUGUUUCAGGAUCCUGUAGCCUCAAGACCUGCUGGUUACAGCUGGCCGAGUUCCGAAAAGUGGGGGACCAACUGAAGGAGAAGUAUGACAGUGCAGCUGCCAUGCGGAUCACUCGGAAGGGCAAACUAGAGCUGGUCAAUAGCCGCUUCAACCAGCCUACCCCUGAGGACUUGGUCUAUAUAGACCCCAGCCCAGACUACUGCUUUCGCAAUGAGACCACUGGUUCCUUGGGCACCCGGGGCCGGCUCUGCAACAAGACCUCGGAGGGCACCGAUGGAUGCGAGCUGAUGUGCUGUGGCCGCGGCUACGACCAGUUUAAGAGUGUCCAGGUGGAGCGAUGUCACUGCAAGUUUCACUGGUGCUGCUUUGUCAAGUGCAAGAAAUGCACAGAAAUUGUUGACCAGUAUGUCUGUAAAUAAUGUGGCAUGGGGGCAUCACUCUUUUGGCCUCCCCUCACCAGCUCCUCUACUCCUCCCCCCCUCAAAAAAAGUUUUUAUUAUAUAAAGCUAUAUAAAUAUAUUUUAUAUUUCUAUAAAUAGAUAAAUGGUAAAUAAUUAAAAGAAGAAAAUGGAAAGGAAAUGCUUAUUUAAGAGGUUCUGCUUCAGGAUCUCUCCAAGGAUUGGACAUGGCUGCUUCACUACUCCUUGUGGAGGUUCCAGACAUUAGGAGUGGGGAAAACUUUUUUUGUCUCUUUGGUUGGUAUUCUCAGGUUGAGUGGUUAGAACAAACCUACUACCACACUGUCUUAAAAAAAGAGAGAGAGAGAGAGGCAUGGAGGGAGUGAAUUAAUGAAGAAGAGGGCUGUCUAGUAGUCCAAAGUACUUGGGGUUGGGUGGUUUUUCCAUCAUCCCAACUACAGAGCCAAAGGACCCUUCAGAAAACCAUCAGAUUUUUUAAAAAGUCUAGGUAGGUCCUCAGGGUUUUGUUCCAAAUGUAAAUUGCAUCAGUAAGAAUCCUUGUGAUUUCUCACUCUAGAUGUGUGUGCAUUUGCACACAUAGCAGCCCUAGGUCAAGGGUAGAAGUGUCCUCUUUUCCUGAUGACUGCCUGGCCUCUAGUACCUAAGAACUAUGAUUUAUAUACAUUCCAGUCUAGACUCAUCUUUUUCAAAUUCUAGAUUAUUCCUUCUCCAAAGGUCUCCCACAAAUUCCUUGUUCCAAGAGGAAGAAAGGGCCAUUGAGUCUGCCCUGCUAGGAAGGACAUCCACUCUGUGUGCCUAGACUGCAAAAAAUUAGGCACAGCACAGCUGGACUAAUGGAACAUUUCACUGUGCUUCCUUAUGGGAAGCAGAAACUGGUGAUGCUGCUGCUUCCCCCAUCAAGAAGAGAGGGAGGCCUUUUUGAACCAAGCACGAUGCACAGAUAAGUCAGGAUUGGCUAGCUGGCCUUAAUCCUUGUCUUUGUUCCAGAUGUACAAUUUUUCUUUGGUAUUAAAUACCCUUCACUGAGAUUUCUCGCCACCUUUAAUGAACACUAUUGAUUUUCAUUGUCUCUCUUCAUUUCAGGGCCUCUAUCUUAGAAUCUCAACUACAGAGUUUGCUAUCUAUUAAGCAGGAAGGGAGAUUGAAUAAGAAAUGGAACCUACUCUGAAACUUUUCCUAAUCAUCAGAGAGCAAGAGGACAGUGACAAAAAAUGGUCUCAGAGAUGAAAUUCGAGCUUCAAUUGCACUUUCCUUUUGGGCUUCACUGUGCAAAUUAUCUGCUAGUUGUUUAAUGAAUUAUUGGUAAAGCACAAAUGAAAUUAGGGAUUCUCUGAAUGUUUUCCUAAGGAAGGGAGAAUGCUACCCUGAAACCUAAUUGUUGAGGUCUAGGGAAAAAGGGAAGCUAGGUUUAGGGAAAUUAGAUGAGGAGGAAUAGUGCUAGACAGAGACAGAAAAGAAUGUUGAUGAUUAGGAAAGGGAAAUGGAGUUUUGAGAUUGGGUUGGGGAUUGCCUAGAUUACAAAAGAUAAAAAGAGACUUUGGGGUCUGAUUGAUAUCUAAAAAUCUUUUUAGGACGUAAUGGGACGAGAAAUAAAUUUGGGGAUUGGUUUCCACACAGAUUUCUCCAUGUGCGUAUAUGUGUAGAAGGAGGAAUUUUAUGAUGUACAUCAUUGGGGUCAAAAGAUCUUGAGCUCCUUUUCCUACAUAGAGAUGCCACCCAUACUUGUACAAUUUUUUUGACCACUAGCCUACAACAUUUGCAAGAUGGCUGGAGGGAGUUAGAGUAUUGGCUAUGGCCAUAUAUCAAAGUAAAGGCAAUUGGCCCAGGCAACGAUAACAAGCAAGCUAUGACUAUCAAGUACAGUAACGAAAUGCUCUAAAAACCAUAGAUCUUUUUAUGGUUCUUUCCAUCUCCUUCCCCCCGCUUCCCACUGCCCCACUUACAAGGGUUUGGAAAGCUUAAGAAAUGACAAUUUUUUAAUGAAAUAAAGAGGAAAUGUGACUUGUUAUAGGACUAAAGAAAUCAUAUGAAGGGAGGUGAAUAAGUGAAUAGUCAUAUCAAAACGAAUCCUGUAGGAAUAUGGCAGCAGGAGGAGGAAGAUGAAAGUUUUCUUUUCUGACUAGGGCAGCAAUUUGUUUUCAGGCUCUUGUGAGAUUAUUGAACGCCCUGACCCAACUGGGCUGGGAGCUGUUUUGCACUAGGGUUGAAAAACUUUCCAAUUUUCUUAGACUUUUAGCAGUUAUUUUCACAAGCUGCUUGAACCCAGAUAGGAAUCAUCUGUCUAAAAAAAAGGUUAGAUGUGACAUUGAUACCACUAGAAUUGGGGCUAAAAAUACAUAAAGACGAUGAAAAGAUUUGACCUUUACUCGGGAUAUUUAUUUAUGUCCAAUCAGGAUUCCUUGGAAUACGUUCUAGGUCAAAUUGAAGACUGAACAAAACCAAAAAAUUUAUUAGGUAUAAUAAUGCCUAAGCAAACAGACUUGGCCCUUUCAGACCAAAUAGUCCUACCCAAAUCCUAGGUGGUAGUGCUGGAAAGAAAUGUGUGUGGAAGCAUUGCAACCAGCCCCAGAAUUCAUUUCUUGUUCAGAAUUCCCAUAACCCCAUCACUUCCUAACAAACUGGAUAUGGAGAAAGUCCUUGGGAAUAUCCCUAGCCUGCUGAGUUAAAAGCAUCCUAAGGCCUAAUGAAGGCCAAAGGAUCAUAGAUUCAGUGCCAGAAGGGACCUUAGUUGUCAUCUAGUCCAGGCCCCUCCUUUUAAAGAUGAAAUAAUUAAGUCCUGACAUUAAGUGACUUGCACAAGAUCCAGGAUUUGAACUCGGAGCUCCUUUUGGCGCAAUAAAGGAAUAUCCCCUUAGUUCUUUGACCAGGUACACUCUCCUGCUUUCUCAGAAUGAAGACAGCACUAGGAUGAAAAAAAUCUUCAUUCAAAACAAAACAAAUAAAAAGCAUGUGAAGGCAAAGUCCCAUCUACUUAAGUGUCCUGAAUCAGGCAUCCUAAGAAUUGGAAUUCCAAUUCUCGGGCUAAAAUGGGAGAGUAUCUGUCUUCCCCGCCUCAGUAGUAAAAAAGAAAGUUCUUUCUCUAUGCAAGACUCGGGCACAUUUCCAAUAAAUGGGUAUUGAUUUUGAGAUCCUGGCCCUGGUCCACAGUGCACUGUAUUCUAUGCUGGCUGCUUUAUAAAUAUCUUAUUUCAUCCUCACAUCCUGGGAGAGAGGCACUAUUGUUUUCCUCAUUUUACAGGUGAUAGGUGAAGCCAUUUGCCCUGGGUCAUAGUGUCCAAGAUUAAAUCUGAACUCCUGGCUUCUUGUCUCCAGGUGCAGCGUGAUGGCACCACCUAGUGGCCAUGCUUAAUUUCUCAUCACCAUAGUACCUUAGAAUAUGGUAUCUUAAAAUGUUAGACCAAGAAGAGAUCUUAGAGAUGAGGAAGACAAAUGAGUCAAAUCUCCUUUAGGGGGAGAAUUGGGGAAGCCAUUUGUCCAAGGAUACACAGCAAGUAUAGCGACUUGAAUUCUUUCCACAGCUUCACAUUUGCCUUAUUUCAUCCUCAAUUUCCCUGUGAAAGAAAAAUAAAAGACAAUUCUCAAGAGAAAGCAGGAUGUUUUGAAGUUAACUUUUCCAUCAGAGAAGAUCCCCUUGGUCCAAGAAUUCCCUGGAAAGAGACCUGCAGGACUUUUCCAUCACACACUGCCCUGUUCUGGGCAGGGAUAUAGUUUCAAUUAUUUUUAUCUCUAAAAAAUAAAGAGUUUUUUACAUGUUGAAGGACCUUUGGUACACAUUCUGCUAAUACUCUCUUAGAAGGGGAUAGAGGGCCAUUAAGUGGCUCAGUGGAUAAAGAGCCAGGAGGUUCUCCAUUCAAAUCUGUCCUCAGGUACUUCCUAGCCAUAUGAUCCUAGGCAGGUCUCUUAAUCCUAGUUAUCCAGCCCUGUUACUGCCCUUCUGCUUUGGAACUGAUACUUUAGAAGGUAAGAGUUUAUUUUAAAAAAAUACUACCUAAGGGAAAAAUAAAAUGGGUUUACAUGUGAGUGAUCAGGUGCCUACCAAAAGGGUUUCUAUUUUCACAUCAGAAAAAAUGUUUUGUUCUAUUUUUAAAAGUAAUUGUUGGGGGCAGCUUGGUAGCUCAGUGGAUUGAGAGCCAAGCCUAGAGAUGGAAGGUCCUGGGUUCAAAUCUGAAUUCAGACAUUUCCCAGCUGUGUGACCCUGAGCAAGUUACUUAACCCCCAUUGCCUAGCCCUUACCACUCUUCUGCCUUGGAACUAGUACUUAGUGUUGAUUCCAAGAUGGAAGUUAAGGGUUAAAAAAAAAAGUAAUUGGCAUCAUCUUGGGCAGAGAGAUUAUAGAACAUAAAUUAACUAGAUUCUGAGUUUGAAAGUUCUGCCUCCUUAUUGUCUCUUUCUAUAUGCCUUUGUAUCCCCAAUACUUAGAAUGUUGCCUUGUAUGAGAGUAAACCUCUAAUAAAUGCUUGUUUUCUAGCAGUGUGACCCUGGGCAAGUCACUUAAUCCUUUUUGCCUAGCCCUUGCCCUUCUGUAUUAGAAUUGUUAUUAGAACUGAAAGCAAGUAAAAUAAGAAAAGAAAGUAAAAUAAAUAAAUGUUUAUCUGAUCAGAAGUGAAAGCUUUGUGCCCCUUAUAGGACCUUAGACUAUGAAGUUGGAAAGGAUUUUAGAAAUCACCUCAUUUUACAGAUGAGGAAACUGAAGCCGAUCCAACUGGAACUCCUGGGUGAACCAGUAGUUGUGUGGCUUGAAAGCAUUAUAUAAUAGAAAAGAGCUCAGGAUUUAGAGGGAUGUUUGACCUGGGCUGAAAUUUAGCCUCUAACAUAUUAGCUGUGGGAUGCUGGGCAAAUCAUGAUCUCUUUGAGCCUCUAUUUCCUUACCUGUGAAAUGGGUAUGUCAUUGUUUUGUAGUGGGAUUGAGAACUAGAUUCAAAUCUCUUCCAUGUCUUGGAAGUCACUGAAUGUCUCCAAGUCUCUGUUUUCUCAUCUGUAAAAUGAAGGUAAUAAUACUUCCUUCCUCAAAGUACAAUGAAAGGGUUUUAUAGAAUGUUCUUUGUAAAUUCUAUAGUGAUAAACAAAUUAGGAUUAUUUUCUCUCACCAUCCCUCUAUGACCCAAAACUUAAUAAACAAAUGAUGUUUUGAUUGCAGGUUUUUAUAUCGCAAUGAUGAACAUUUUGCCAAUAUUUUUGCAAAAUCAGAGAAUUUUGGUUCAUUUAAGUGAGAGCUGAGUAUCAGACAACAUUGCCUUCUCUGUUUUUUAAUCCAAAUUAGCUCUCUAGACCAGUCUGGGGGGCAGGGUUAUCUUAUUGUACCUCUCUGGGCGUCUUCAUCUGCAAAAGAGAGGUGUGGGUGAAUUGAUCUUUGAGGCCCCCUCCAGCUCUGACAUCCUAUGUAUCUACAAGCCUUUUCCCUACUUGGGUCUCCCUCCUGCUGCCCCACCUUUUGGUCAUUUCCCUGUUCAUUUGCAAGUUCACAAAAAGCAAAGGCAAGAAGAUAAAACUUAAAUCAGUUCAUUUAGGCUUUGCAGGGAGCCGAUAAAAAGUUAUGUGGGAAAGGAGGUGGCUAGAGUGAAAUUAUUGAUUAUCUGUGAAUUUAACUGGAUAUUUCUGUUUGCUCUCACUUCUUCCCUUGAUCACUGAGGAUGUACUGACACCAGUCCUUAGCCCAAAGCAUUGGGAGGGAGAAGAAUAAAGACAGUAUGGAAAUACGGAUUUCUAUCACCCAGGUGUCAAAAAAGCAGCUUCACUUGUGCAGCAGGCAUCAAAGAAGGAGUAUUAAAGCACCUGAAGGCUGAGAAGGCACUUUAGAGUGACUAAAGUAUUUCUGUUUGGCUCUAAUUUUAAAGACAUAUUGACAUGUGCCACUUUAAAUGUAGUCAGUUUCCUCCAAUCUACAUGCUGUUUGGCUAUCCUAUGCUUCUUCUAGACCUUUCAACUAGAAAACUCUUGGCUAUUAUUUUUAAAUUUAAAUAAACCUUUUCUUGAGCUAGAAAGGAAAUAUACAUUUGAAACUCUGAUGAAAAUAUUUAUAGAGCUGCCUGGUGCUCAUAUCCUUGAACAUUUAGAUAUCAAUGUAUAGGGAAUAUGUACUAAAGCAAAUUGGUCAAAUAAACAGACAGAAACUCAUACCUUUAA